CACUGAUGUUCUGCUGGAAAUGGACGCUGAAAUCCAAGGACGAAUUGAGACCACUGUUCGGAGGAUUCUGGAGGAAUCAGACAUGGACGACGUCACCGAGUCCAAAGUCAGGAAGCAAGCCGCCAAAGAACUCGACCUCGACCUGUCGCGGCCGCACUACAAAGCCUUAGUGAAGCAGGUUGUGGAGGCUUUCAUUCAGGAAAAGCAAGAGGAGCCGGAGGAGGAAGAAAAUUCACAAGAGGAUACUUCUCAGGGCCAGGAGUACGAUGAUGAGGGCAAUCUCAUCAUCUGCAAGCUUUCAGCCCAGAGAAGGGUGACGAUUCAAGAAUUCAGAGGGAAAACAUUGGUCUCUAUCCGAGAGUACUAUAGAAAGGACGGUAAAGAAUUACCUUCUUCGAAAGGAAUAAGUUUGACGGAGGAGCAGUGGUCAGCCUUGAAGAAGAAUAUACCUGCCGUAGAGAAAGCCAUUCAGAAACUGGAGUCAAGCAUAUGAGAUGAAGCAAUCUCCGUACCCUGUUUUACAAGUACCUCUACUCAGUUGGCAGAACUAUCGAUCAUUUAGAUGAUGUUUUAGAUUCGGAAAUGGUCAUUUAUGCAGGGUUAUCCAAAAUGUGGUAUCAAGGAAACCUCUCAUAAGUCCCUUCAGCGUUUUAUCGUACUGAUAUGUUCAUUUGAUCCUCACUUAGCACUGGAUUUGCUUAUUUGGGGGAUAUAAUGUUUAUCGGGUUUUCUUUUGAUGCUGGACUUCUUUUCUCCCCCCCCCCCAAAGACUUUAUGAUGAAUCCUAUGUAGUGUUUGUAAUGUGUACUGCAAAUAGCCACUUGAGUGGUAAUGGAUAUUUUGGAAGAGCAUGGAGUAAGGCUGAUAUAGAAUUAGUCACUUAACGAUGAACGACAGUCUGAACUUCUCUU